AUGGUUGCUGAUGGUGGCCUCGGGACUGCAACAGCUGUAGGCAGUGCAGCCAAUAUCUCUCUGCGGCUUUUCCAGAUCAUCUACGAAUUCAAGGCUGUGGGACAGCAAACGCAAGAUCUCCUCGAAUCGACCAACCACGUCUCAUCCACUCUGCAAAGCGCGGAGAUCAUGCGCCAACAAAAAUCUGCGUUUCUCACUGCAGACGAACGGGAUUGGAUUGAUGACAUAAUCGUCGACACCAGACGCUGCCUCGAGAGCGUAGCCGCUUUGAUUGAGCCAGCAAGAGUGGACAUCCAGACCAACUCUGGGCAUGUCGGCUUUUUGAACAGGAGUCGUUUUGUCUUCAGAGACUCACCCAAAGUUGCAAACAAUCUUGCAAGACUCGGUAUAGCGCAUCAGAGCUUGAACUCUGCAAUGUGCGUUCUCUGCUCGAAG